CCCGGCCCCCUCCCCCGCAGGAGGGGGCGGGCGGUUGGCGCUCGGCUCUGGCGGCGAGCGCGGCGCGAAGCUGCUGGGGAUCCCGCUCGGAGGGCAGCGCCUCGGGACGGGAAAAACAAAAAAAUCUGCUGUUGUUUAGAAUAUCUGAGGGAGAUGAUUCGCACUCAGAUGCAUAGCUGCAAUCCUCAGACAAUCAUGGAGCCGUAUUUUCCUGGUUUUAAGCACAUGCAGCAGGACUAUGAAGUUACUCUUGAACUUACAAGUGAGGAGACUCAGAAAAAUAGGAAUGCACAGAAUUCUAAGACGGGAUCUUAUGGUGUCAGUAUUAGAGUUCAAGGAAUUGAUGGACAUCCUUACAUAGUACUAAACAAUACAGAAGGAUGUUUGUCAGAAAAUCCUCCUCUUGGAAAAGAUCAGAAGGUCAUUUCUCAGACUGCAAGCAAGCCAUCCACAGAAUCCAAUACUGCUUUUAAAUUGGAGAACAGAAACAGAGAACAUACACAGUUCCCUGGAACACAGCUUGUUCAACCCUGUAUGUUUAAAAGCCUCAAGAUAACUGAUCUGGAUGAAAAGGAAAAUGGAGUAUCAGAUUUUAGAGAUGGAUUGCCAAAAUCCUCCAAUUUGUUGAACUUUCAAAGACAUCCUGAGCUUUUACAGCCUUAUGAUCCUGAGAAGAAUAACUUGAGCUUGGAUAGUUACCAGUCUUCCAUGUGCAGUAAAUCUACAUCUUUUGCAAAAGAAGAUAAAAGUGAAGCAAAGCCUUGGAUUUCCUCAUCUAAAGUAGUGUCCCUACAGAAAACAAAUACAUAUCUUGCAGAGUCAGCCACAGCAAAUUCCACAAAAGUACAUUUAAACAGGGCGGUAGACAUAGAAGACCAAAAUAAGCAGGUGUUGGAUUGUCGCAGUAGCACUAUCAGCCCAAGUGAAGUGCAUGUUUCAGAAUUGUUUUCAUCUACAGGAGGAUCCCCAUGUGCUAGUCCUAUUGCUUAUCUGGAAACUAGAAAACCUAGACCAGAUGUUCUUCCCUUCCGCAGACAAGAUUCAGCUGGGCCAGUGUUAGAUGACUCACAAAGAUCGUCGUCCUCAUCAGCUACUCCCACUUCUGCAAACUCCUUGUACAGAUUUUUACUUGAUGACCAAGAGUAUGCAAUCUAUGCAGACAAUGUUAAUCGGCAUGAAAACAGAAGAUACAUCCCAUUUUUACCUGGAACUGGUCGUGAUAUUGAUACUGGUUCCCUUCCAGGAGUAGAUCAGCUAAUUGAGAAGUUUGAUAAGAAAGUUGAUCCUCACAGAAGAGGUAGGUCAGGAAAAAGGAAUAAAAUUCAUCCAGAUGAUCGUAAAAGAUCAAGAAGUGUUGACAGUGCCUUGCCAUUAGGGUUUGAUAUAAAUUCAAAUAAUUUAGGUGAACUCAGUAAAAGCUUGGGUAAGUCAGCUGAGCACUUACUAAGACCAUCUAAAGUUUGCCUCCACAAGCAGUUAUCCAGAGAGCAAAAGCCACCUUCCAAAGACAUGAAAAUUUCUGCUCGAAGUAUUGGAAAACUGCAAAUGCCUGAUAAAGACUCUCAGAACAGUCAUUUCAGUUCUUUGCAGUAUCAUAAACAAAAUGGAGCUAAUACUGAGAGCUUCAUGUUUAGGUCAUCCACACUUCCAGGACAGAAUAAGAGAGAUGAAGUUAAAACAGUAACUUCUACUCUGUUGUUGCCAAACCGAAUCACAAUUCCAUCAGAUUCAGGAGCCAAGAAGAUUUCUGUAAAAACAUUUUCUUCCGUCCCUAAUACACAGGCAACUCCUGAUCUCUUAAAAGGCCAGCAAGAUAUUGCACAGCAAACAAAUGAAGAGACUGCAAAACAGAUACUUUACAAUUACCUUAAAGAAGGAAGUGCUGAUAAUGAUGAUGCAACAAAGAGGAAAGUCAACUUGGUUUUUGAGAAAAUUCAGACAUUAAAGUCAAGAGCUGCUGGAAAGACACUGGUUUCUGAUUCUUCAGCUGAAGUAAAAGCAUUGGUGGAGCAAAAAACACAACUUGAAAGGAAAGUGGAAGAAUUACAGAAAAAACUGGAUCUAGAAAUCAGGAAUCAGCAAAAUUCAAAAGAGGAGAGAGAUGCUACACGAGCAAGCCUGAAAGAUCUUCAGUUCCAACUUGAUGAAAGUAUAUGUGAAAGAGAUGCCUUAAAAAAGAAGCUGGAAGAAAACGAGAAGGAACUCCGGCAGAACCUAGAGGAGCUUUUUCAAGUGAAGAUGGAACAGGAACAACACCAGACUGAGAUCAGAGAUCUUCAAGACCAGCUCUCUGAGAUGCAUGAUGAACUGGAUAAUGCAAAACAUACUGAUGAAGGGGAGAAAGAGGUUCUGAUUGAGGAGCUGAUGCAAAUGAAGCAGGAUCUGCAAGAAGUAUUAAUAGCAAAAGAACAACAAGAAGAAAUUUUGAGAAAGAGAGAGCGAGAGCUUACUGCUUUAAAAGGAGCACUAAAAGAAGAAGUAUCUAGCCAUGACAUGGAGAUGGAUAAACUUAAAGAGCAACAUGAUAAAGAAUUGCUCGAUCUACAGCAGAGCCUGGAGAAAGCAACAAAGAAUGCUGCUGUCCUUGCUAGUGAAAGAAACGCUGCAGAAGAGAUGCGAAAUAGUAUAGAAAAUCAAGUCAAGGAGCUGACGAAGGAAAAUGAACAGUUGAAAAGAACAGUUGAUGAGCUAGAGAGUAAAAAUGAAGAGUUACAUAAACAAUUUGAUAAUAUGAAAGGAGAAGAAGAUUCAGUGAAGGAAAAAAUAAAGAGAUAUGAGGAAGAGAAGCAACAAUUAGAAGCAGCUUUGAAACAUGCUGAAAAUGAGGCAAAAGAUUUGGUGGUGUUAAAAAGAUCUUUGGAAAGCCAGCUAGAAGAUAUGCAGGAGAACAUUCGAUGUAUUUCGCAGGAACGGCAGGAGUUAACCCAACAGUUAAAAGAUGAAAUUCACCAGAAGGAACAGCUGAAGAAGAUAAAGAGUGAAAUGGAAAAUGAACAAUGGCAAUUGAACAAGACCAUUGAAAAGUUAAAGGAGGAGAUGGCUGGAGUGGUAGAGGUCUCAAGAACAUCAACUCUGGAGCUUCAGAGCCAGCUUGAUGAAUACAAGGAGAAAAAUCGCAGGGAAGUUGCAGAUGUGCAGAGACAAUUGAAAGAGAAAAACCUUGAGGUAGAAAAAUUACGUCUGACAACCAUGAGAAUGCAGGAUGAGAUGCGUCUCAUGGAAGAAAACUUGAGAGACCACCAGAGAGCUCAAGAUGAAGCAAUAACAAAAACUCAGCUGCUGGAACAGACUGUGAAAGGCUUGGAAUAUGAACUGGAGGUCAAAAACCACUUAAAAGACGAUCGGGCAAGACAAAUCAAAUUAAUGGAGGACAAAUUAUCUCACCUGGAACUUGAGCUUGAUGAAGAAAAGAAUAAUUCAGAUUUGUUGUCUGAGAGGAUCAGUAGAUGCAGAGAACAGAUUGAACAAAUGAGGACAGAGCUACUUCAGGAAAGAGCUACAAAGCAAGACUUGGAGUGUGACAAAAUUUCAUUGGAAAGACAGAACAAGGACUUAAGGAGCCGAAUUCUUCAUCUGGAAGGUUCUUACCGAUCCAGUAAAGAGGGACUUGUUGCUCAGAUGGAAGCAAGGAUCACAGAGCUAGAAGAACGUCUUGAAAAUGAAGAGAGGGAUAGGGCUAAUUUCCAACUAAAUAACCGCAGACUUGAGAGAAAAGUGAAGGAGUUAAUGUUGCAAGUAGAUGAUGAACAUCUCUCAUUGACCGACCAAAAGGACCAGUUGAGUUUGCGUUUGAAAGCAAUGAAACGUCAAGUUGAAGAAGCUGAAGAAGAAAUAGACAGACUGGAAAGUGCUAAAAAGAAACUUCAGAGAGAACUGGAAGAGCAACUAGACAUAAAUGAACAAUUGCAAGGACAACUUAAUGCUGCAAAGAAGGAACUAAGACGAAAGAAGUCACCAAGUAAAAUGCUGACUGAUUUUGAUGAUGAUGAUGAUGAUGAGUUCAGCACGGAUGGCGAUAGUCUCUGUGAAGUGCCUUCAGGACAUAACUUUUCAAAAGAUGAUGACACAAAAUACUAAAGUAUUGAAUCUAUGAUUCCUUGAAACUAGUGGAAUAACCUAAAUUAUCAAGAAACUGAAUAUUCUAGAAGCCAAAUGCCACAAAGGGAUGUAAGACCUGCAAAUUUAAUGUUUCCAUUCAUACUGUGCCAUUUUCUUAUUUAGAUAUCCUCUGUUUAUUAUAGAAAACAGGAUUGCAUUAUAAAACAGCUAUAAAACUUGGUUAUAUAUAACAGCUACUGAAAACAUGGGGAUAAUGUUUCACAUUGGAAAUGUGAUUUUGCUAAAAUUCGGUUUAAGUAAAGAGCCAUUUGAAAGUAAUUUAAAAUUAGUUUGUAGUUAUUAAAAUAUUUUCCCUAAAAUUAAAGAAGCCACGGACAAUUAUUUAGUAAUUGUAAGUACAAAGGAAUGAUGUAUAGAAUGUAAAUAUUUUAAAUCUGAUCUUUUUAUUGACUACUUUAGUACUACCCUGUAAAGCUUCAAAAAUUAUAUAAAUCAGUUUCAUAUGUAAAAAUAUCUAAAUGUAUGCUGAAUAUUAUAUUUGGGUUUUAACAAAACAAAAGAAUAUAUUUUUGUGCAUUACAGAGCAGAUUCACAGUUCCUGAACCAGGAAGUACAUUCUAAUUUUAAAAACAGUGCAAGUUUUAUUAUAUAUGUGUUAAGAUCAAGUGCUAAUUCUGCCUGUUGACUUUAAAGGGGCCAUCACAUGUGCAUGACCAGUGAGGCUUGCCUACUACUUUCUUGUAAGCUAUUUGGGAAGCUUUCUGUCCAUAGGAGGGAGGGAUGAGAGUGAAGUCAGUUACUACUUGGCAUUUUUAAUUUCCUGAAAUGGACUCUAUGCUGCAAGGGGCGCACAGCACUGUAGGCCUGCUCAUUUGAGGGCACCAGGACAGGCUAAUCUUAAAGUCUCUGAGGAGUCCCACAAGAAAUUGCAUCCAGGAAACAAAAGUAUGUAAGCUGAUUUUUCUUUCUAACCUGUUCUUGAGCAUCUAUUUGUAACAUAUUGCAAUAUAUGGCCAUAUAUGCAGAUAUAUAUUAGUAUUUCAAUUUAUAGUAAUAUCUGCAUUUUGGAUGAUCCAUCUGUUGAACAAACUUUGUGGGAAAUUAAAAAAGAAAAAAGGCAUUGAAGAUUUAAUUUAAAAAGCGUUUUCCAUUUUAUUGCUAAAAAUAUUUUUGUUGUUUCUUACAUCAUUUUUGCUCCUUUGCAAAUCUAGAAUUUUAAGGAAAGGCACUGCAACGUUAUUUUAUUAAUAAACCAUAGCUAUGUUCUCUCUUGUUAUUAGUAUUUGUC